AUGGCGAGUAAUAAUAAGUCCACAACUAUCCAUGUGGCUCCCUUCAUCCUUGCCUUGAGGAUUCUUACACUCUUAUUAUUUGUUGGUUCGAUUGCGGUGCUGCUUCUCGACACCUACAAACUCAGCGACGGAGAAAAAACCACUUUCAAGGAUAUUAACGCAUAUAGAUAUGUGGUUGCGACGGCAGCCAUUGGAGCAGUGUACCUGAUAUUGCAGCUUCCAUUUGCAAUAUAUUACGGGUGCACCGAGAAGCGGUUGAUACCGGGCAAAGUGUUGGCAGAGGUGGAUUUCUACGGAGACAAGGUGGUGAGUUUGUUUGUGGCGUCGGGGGUGGGAGCCGGCUUCGCAGUCAGUUUCGAGCUUAAGGAUUUCGUGCCGGGUGCCUUCGACCUUCUUAUUUUGGUUGCGCAAUCUGCUUCUGGUGGUGGUGGUGGUGGUGCUCUUGAUGAUGAUUAUACUCGCUUAUUACAAGAAGAGAGAGAUAAGAUACCUGGUUUUCUUGAUAAGGGCUACAUUGCCUCUGGGAUACUCCUUGCCGGUUGUGUUUUCAUGAUCUUUGUUUCUGUCCUUUCUUCUAUCAACCGAACCAAUACUUAA